CGCUCUGCACGCGUUUGGCCAUCAUGGUGAACGGGUCCUUCAAGUGUCUCGGAACCAUUCAGCAACUCAAAUACAAAUUUGGUGAUGGCUACGUGGUGACCAUGAAGAUCAGGGCCUCCAAGGCCGGUUGCGCCCCCGAUCUGAACCCGGCCGAAGCCUUCAUGGAGAGCACCUUCCCCGGCUGCGUCCAGAGGGAAAAACACUACAACACCCUGCAGUACAAGAUAGCCUCCUCCUCCCUGGCAAGGAUCUUCCAGAUGGUCCUGGCCAACAAAGACCAGCUCAACAUCGAGGACUACUCGGUGUCACAGACCACUCUCGAUCAAGUAAAAACAAAAGAGGUUUAAAGAGGAAUGUA